UCCCUUCCCGGUACUGUAAAUCAACACAUUAAGCUCUGUUCAUGUUCUCCGAGCACCGAUUCAGCAGGAGACUCAUUAAGAUCGAAGACACACCAAUCAGUGCCCAGUGGAUCUGUGAGCGAGUGUUCUGAGUGGUCCAUGGAUGGCAAUCCAGCUUCCAAACAAUCGAAGACACCACAAUCAGUGCCUCGUGGAUCUGUGAGCGAGUGUUCUGAGUGGUCCAUGGAUGGCCAACCAACUUUCAAAGAAUCGGGGACAGCUCCAUCAAAGCCCAGUGGAACUCUGAAGAAGAGUUAUGUCCAGUCCAUUGAUGGCAAUUUGGUUUCGAAACAAUCGAAGACACACCAAUCAGUGCCCAGUGGAUCUGUGAGCGAGUGUUCUGAGUGGUCCAUGGAUGGCCAACCGACUUUCAAAGAGGGGACCGUGAAGGGUCUGCAGUCUGUCUUCAAUAAAAAGGAAUCAUCAGGAGUGUCUGCUGACUCAAAGUACAAGACGGACGAGGGCAAAAGAUCGGGGAAAGCUCCAUCAAAGCCCAGUGGAACUCUGAAGAAGAGUUAUGUCCAGUCCAUUGGUGUCAAUCCAGAUUUCAAACUAUCGAAAACACACCAAUCAGUGCCCAGUGGAUCUGUGAGCGAGUGUUCUGAGUGGUCCAUGGAUGGCAAUCCAGCUUCCAAACAAUCGAAGACACCACAAUCAGUGCCUAGUGGAUCUGUGAGCGAGUGUUCUGAGUGGUCCAUGGAUGGCCAACCAACUUUCAAAGAAUCGGGGACAGCUCCAUCAAAGCCCAGUGGAACUCUGAAGAAGAGUUAUGUCCAGUCCAUUGAUGGCAAUUUGGUUUCGAAACAAUCGAAGACACACCAAUCAGUGCCCAGUGGAUCUGUGAGCGAGUGUUCUGAGUGGUCCAUGGAUGGCCAACCGACUUUCAAAGAGGGGACCGUGAAGGGUCUGCAGUCUGUCUUCAAUAAAAAGGAAUCAUCAGGAGUGUCUGCUGACUCAAAGUACAAGACGGACGAGGGCAAAAGAUCGGGGAAAGCUCCAUCAAAGCCCAGUGGAACUCUGAAGAAGAGUUAUGUCCAGUCCAUUGGUGUCAAUCCAGAUUUCAAACUAUCGAAAACACACCAAUCAGUGCCCAGUGGAUCUGUGAGCGAGUGUUCUGAGUGGUCCAUGGAUGGCAAUCCAGCUUCCAAACAAUCGAAGACACCACAAUCAGUGCCCAGUGGAUCUGUGAGCGAGUGUUCUGAGUGGUCCAUGGAUGGCCAACCAACUUUCAAAGAAUCGGGGACAGCUCCAUCAAAGCCCAGUGGAACUCUGAAGAAGAGUUAUGUCCAGUCCAUUGAUGGCAAUUUGGUUUCGAAACAAUCGAAGACACACCAAUCAGUGCCCAGUGGAUCUGUGAGCGAGUGUUCUGAGUGGUCCAUGGAUGGCCAACCGACUUUCAAAGAGGGGACCGUGAAGGGUCUGCAGUCUGUCUUCAAUAAAAAGGAAUCAUCAGGAGUGUCUGCUGACUCAAAGUACAAGACGGACGAGGGCAAAAGAUCGGGGAAAGCUCCAUCAAAGCCCAGUGGAACUCUGAAGAAGAGUUAUGUCCAGUCCAUUGGUGUCAAUCCAGAUUUCAAACUAUCGAAAACACACCAAUCAGUGCCCAGUGGAUCUGUGAGCGAGUGUUCUGAGUGGUCCAUGGAUGGCAAUCCAGCUUCCAAACAAUCGAAGACACCACAAUCAGUGCCUAGUGGAUCUGUGAGCGAGUGUUCUGAGUGGUCCAUGGAUGGCCAACCAACUUUCAAAGAAUCGGGGACAGCUCCAUCAAAGCCCAGUGGAACUCUGAAGAAGAGUUAUGUCCAGUCCAUUGAUGGCAAUUUGGUUUCGAAACAAUCGAAGACACACCAAUCAGUGCCCAGUGGAUCUGUGAGCGAGUGUUCUGAGUGGUCCAUGGAUGGCCAACCGACUUUCAAAGAGGGGACCGUGAAGGGUCUGCAGUCUGUCUUCAAUAAAAAGGAAUCAUCAGGAGUGUCUGCUGACUCAAAGUACAAGACGGACGAGGGCAAAAGAUCGGGGAAAGCUCCAUCAAAGCCCAGUGGAACUCUGAAGAAGAGUUAUGUCCAGUCCAUUGGUGUCAAUCCAGAUUUCAAACUAUCGAAAACACACCAAUCAGUGCCCAGUGGAUCUGUGAGCGAGUGUUCUGAGUGGUCCAUGGAUGGCAAUCCAGCUUCCAAACAAUUGGGGACAGCACCAUCAACGCGUUUCCAGUCCAUUGAUGGCAAUCCAGCUUCCAAACAAUCGAAGACACCACAAUCAGUGCCCAGUGGAUCUGUGAGCGAGUGUUCUGAGUGGUCCACGGAUGGCCAACCAACUUUCAAAGAAUCCUACCGCAAGUUCCAGGUACCGAAACACAUUGAAGUCAUGCACACUCAAAAGCUCAUCAAUGUGUGUGACAAAGCCGAGGGGAAUAGCUUCGACAGGAGUACUCAGAUGCAGAUCUGCAGCUUGAAUGCAACGAUAUCUCGUGGUAAGGAACGCCGAAACUCUGCACAAUCUACAGUGGUGCCCCCUCCUGGUAAAAUAGAGUUCCAGCCAGUGACAACAGACUCUGUGAUCCUGAGCUGGGGAGUGCCAAAGGGACUGAAGGGGCCCAAGAUCUUCAGAGUAAUCUGGAGUAAAGGGGGUUGGAGCAAUGCUAGAAAACUGGAGGGUUACAAGGUCGUCAAAGAUAAUAAUCAAGUUGUAAUAAACGAUCUUGAACUUGGACAGCAAUAUUUAUUCAGUGUGGCCACAGAAGACAAGGAUGGUAAUUUAAGUGAAUCGGUCCAGGAAUUUCUUUCCACAGAAUAUAGAGAAGCAGUGCCAUUCCCUCGACACCCAACAGCAAAAGUACAUAUAGAUGCAACGGCUGUGUCCUUGAAACGGAGUCAAGGCAAAGAGAUGCAAGCGAUACGCACAGAAGAGUACUCAGAUUUAGAGCCAGAGACAGAAUACAUCACAAAUGUUAGGUCCAGUGAGCCGAACACAGUGGUGCCCCCUCCUGGUAAGAUAACGUUUUCUUCAGUGGAAAUAAACUCUCUGGUCCUGAGCUGGGAACUGCCGAAGGGACUAAAGGGGCCUAAAAACUUCAUAGUAAAGUGGACUAAAGGAGAGUGGAUCCACGGAAGAGAGCUGGAAGGUUACUCUGUCGUCAAAGAUGCUCAUCAAUUUGAAAUAAACGACCUUGAGCUUGGACAGCGGUAUAUAUUCAGUGUGGCCACAGACAAGGAUGGUAAUUUAAGUGAAUGGGUUGAGAACUUUGUUUUCACAGCGGUGCCAGCCCCUCGGCUCUUAACCAAAACACAUUCAGAGGCCAGCGCCGUGACCUUGAAAUGGACCAAAGGGGAAAACAUGGAGGGAAUUAAACAUCAGUUCAUUAUAACCCUCAAAAGUCAGGGAAAAGAGGCACUAGCGAUACAUACAAAAGAGUGCUUCAAGACAAUCUCUAAUUUAGAGCCAGGGACGGAAUACACCAUCGAAGUCUCAACAAUGCUGAUCGACAGGUGCAGUGAGCCUGUCUCUACAACGAUACUCACAGAGGCCUGUUUCAGGAAGGUGCUGUCAAAGAUGGGCCUUGAAGACUAUUAUGAUGACAAGCUCACACUAAGCACUGUUCUUGAGAUCAAUCAAAGUGAUACAUCAGAGAGCAAACUUGAAAGCCCAAAGUCAUAUCCUGAGGCUUUUUUGAGGAAACUCAUGAUGUUAAACGCAAAUGCUCGAAGUGUUAAAUGUGUGUCCAAAGAUGUUGACACAGACAAGCAAAACACCAUCAAUCCGUUGGACCUGAUAACUGCGUUGUUUCUCUGUUCCGACGGAUUUCUUCAACAAGACAUGGUUGUGAAAAUGGCACUGUGCCAGUUCGCGGUCCCGCUCCUCAUGCCCAACCAUGACACAAGAGAAAUCACCAUGAUGCUGUGGGCUAUGCGCGAAAUAGUUCGGACCUUCAGCCCCUCCAAACUGGCAUUCAGAAACUUAAGCUGUGAAGAAAGAAUUGUGCUCACUGAUAUUCCUCUGCUGUCGUUCGUCAGGCUGGGGAGGACGAGCCUGUCCAAAUCUCAGGUGCUGAACAAACUGCUCAGCAACACUAAGGAGUGUUAUGAUAUAUUUUAUAAUCGUAACAUGGAGGGUGGUGAUGUACCCAGGCAGAUUUCUGAGGGGCUAGUUGAAAUGACCUGGUACCUCCCGUGUGGGAAAAAGAACACAGACAAAUUCACUGAGCCGCUGGCCGUCGCCAACCUCAGAGGAGACAUCAGGGACUUCGACAAGCAGUUCUCAUUCCUCUGCCAGACCUCUGCAGCUGUGUACAUCUUCUGUGAUGAGUCAGAAAUGGAUUACUUCAAGCAUUUGGAAGGGAUGGUUGUGGAAGCCAGGUUGCUUUUGAUAAGCAGCAUACAGGGGAAAAGCUUCACACUCAAAACGAUGACAAUCAAACCUAGUUUAAAGACAACUACUGUGAGCCAGAGGAAAAAUACGGAGUCAGAACUGGUAAAGGCCCUCCAGGAAUCAAUCCCUAAGAUGCUUGGAAACUGCCCAGUCAAAGUGUCAAUGGAAAAUUUGGCAGACACAGCUCGCCGCUGUGAUAUCUUGGUUGAUGAGGACAUUGAUGAAUGCCAGGGUGUUAGGAAGAAUGCAGAUAACAUCAUCCAACACAUCGCUAACACCUCUAUGUUCAAAGAAAAACAACUACCUUCCCAGGGACACAUCUGGAAAGAGCUUUCAUUGCUCGAAACGGAGUACUGGAGACUGCGAAACGCUGGCAAUGAAAACAUUGAGGACUACCGCAAGUCUUUGAAAAUAACAGAAAAAGAUCUUAAAACUCACCAGCAAAGAUUAGAGAUAAGCUCUGCAAUGCUUAGAUUCUUUCAAGGGGUGGCCUCAGAAGUGCAACGCUACUAUUUCCUCAAAUGGCUGGAAAUGGAUUUGGACAAUCUGUCCCGAAAUGAACUGUCAGAUCUGAAAGAUAGAUAUAAAGAGCUAAGGGAAAAAUGUCCUGAAGACACAGAAAAGAUUGCAGAGAUUGAUCAGAAAAUAUCAGCUUGUUCUUUACGCCUUGAGCACUUUUUCCGAGAGUGUGGCCAGCUGUUCCAAUGUGUGAAUCACCUGCCAGAAUUCAGCAGUCAAAGAAAGACCUUGGAACAACUUCCUGAACUCUGUGCUCAGAUGCUGCUAGAUGGUUUCCCUCUUGAGCUCGUUGAUGGAGAUGUUGCAAACAUUCCGUUGAAAUGGAUCACUGAGGUGCUAAGGGAGCUUCACAAGUCUAUGCAUUCCAAAAGUAAGCUGAAAGUCAUCACAAUCAUUGGAGCUGAGAACUCAGGAAAAUCGACUCUGCUAAACACCAUGUUUGGGGUCAGGUUUGCAGUCAGCAAAGGCACAUGCACCAGAGGGGCGUUCAUCCACCUGAUCAAUGUCAACGAACACGUCAGGAGGAAACUGGAGUGCGACUGCAUCAUGAUAAUUGACACAGAGGGACUGAAACCACAUCAGAUUGUCCAAGAUGAUCACAGCCAUGAACGUGACAUAGAAGUAGCGAGCCUCGCUGUAGCACUUAGUGACGCCACAAUCGUCAGUGUUUCCAUUGACAACUCAAAAGAGAAAGAUCUCUUAGAAAUGGUGCUUCAUGCUUUCACGAGGUUGAAGAAUGUGGGCAAGAAGCCACUCUGUCAUUUUGUGCACACCAACAUGUCAGAAAGUCCUGCUGUAGAGAGGAAGAAGAGAGGUAAAGAGUUGGUGAAACAGCUCAAUGAAGUGAUCCGAAAGGACACUAGGAUGAGGAAGGCCAAAAUCACUAAGUGCUCAGAUGUGAUGGAGUUUGAUCAAGACACUUUCAGUUGGUACAUGCCUCCGGUUUGGAACGGGACUCCACCUAUGGCACCUUUCAGUGUUGACUACAGUGAGACGGCACAUGCUUUGAAAAAGAGACUCAUAGGGGACCUCAAAAAGUGCCAGGGAAGAGGUGAUCUGAUGCAAUUUAUCAGCGAUGUGGAUAGAUUCUGGAAAGGUUUGUGAGGCAGGAAAAGAUGGCAAAGGGAAAAUGCAGUUAUUUCCCUGGAGCAUG